GAAAAUACUGUUAAGGAUAUCAUUUCGGGCAUCGAUUUAAGUGUAGAACAGGAAAAUUGUGAAUUACUUAAGCAACAACAAAAGGAAUUACUUCACAGACAACAAGAGCUUGUCGAACAAAUACGACAACAACAAUUAAUUGCUAAGCAGUUAGCCGCAGAGAAUCAGCUUCACCAACAACAAUUGCAGCAGAGAGAACAACUAGAGUCUCCCACACAACAGGAAGCACACAAAAUUACUAGUACACCCAAUCAAAAACCUACUCCAUCAAGUUCUCAGCUCCAGGAAAACACUUCUAAAUUUCUGACAGUUGAUAAAAAGAAAGACGAAUAUGAUUACACACAAAGUACAGAAACUUACGAAUACAAG